GUAGUUAAGGUAUAUUGUGCAGCUUAAAAUUGCAGAAAUGGGGACAAGAAUUCUUCAAGAGAAGAUGGUAUAGCAUUUCACAGGAGGUAUUAUACGAGUAUCACGAUACGGGAACUGUGAUGGUUACCCAUCCCAGUUUCAAGAGAUCCGUCACUACCUCAUGUGUCUGCCUUGAUGAGCGGUGCAAUAACAAAGCUGUUACAGACAAGAUGUUGCAAAAAUGGAAUGCGUAUUAUGUGAGGAGUUAUUUCCUUCUAAAGUCAAACUUGUUCAGCAUUUCCGUGAAACACACAGUGUAGCAAAGCAUCGACCAAGACGUUCCAAGGUUGUUGAAGGGAUAAGACAAAUCACUCUCAAGGAAUUUGAUGAAUCAGAAGGGGAAGACAGUGAACCAAAUCCAGUCAAUCCAUUUACUUGCAGUGAUUGUGGUGAUCAGUUUGCCACUCAGGUAAGCUUUGAAGAUCAUAUUUGUGAUAAUCAUGAUAGUAGUAUGCAGCAGAUAAAGUUUGCUGUUUCAUGUAUUUAUUGUGGACAAAAAUGUAAGAAUAGCCGUGGAGCAACCAUACACCAAGUUUUUUGUGAACAGAGGAUUAAUGGGUUUGGUUUUAAACGUAUUCACCAUGAGUGUCCUGCAGAUGAUUGUGGGGCUAUAUUUAAAAAUCAGCAUCAGCUCAUUAAGCACAUCAAGAAUCAUCAUGCAGGUGAAAGUGUAAAAGUUAUAAGUAGUCCCAUACUAUCCAGAACCACUCAUGAUGGUGAAAAUAAAGUCCCUGCUGUACAGUUAGUUCAGCAACAAAUGACAAACUCACCAAUGGUUACGGUAACUAUGAAACCACACAUUGGAAAGACAGAUGGUCUGCAGGAUUUGUCUCUUCUCAUUACUCCUACGAAAGGCAUGGAAGAAUCAACAGCAAAUGACACUUCUGAAAAUACAAGUUCACAGUUCAUGAGCAAGAACCUUCAAGAAUCUGCAAGUAUUACUGUUGAGGAAUGCUGGACUAUGGAAGGGGAAGUACGAGGGGAAGGUGAGACUGUUUUGUGUGUUGCAGAGGAUGGAAGUGUUUCACAUACCCCAGGAAACAAUAUUAAUGAUAUUAUUGACCAUGAAAAAACCUUUCUUCUAAUAACUGAUAGUAACAUAUUAAAUGACAAGUGUAUGAGGUCCUAUGAAUGCAGAAUUUGCUGUGAAUUAUUUUUGGAAAAAGGUUCUUUGAAUGAGCACAUGGAUAAAAAGCACAGAUCAAUAAGGUCUACAGCAACUGCAUUCAUUAAGGAAGAACCAGAGGAUGAUUUUGAAGAUUGUGCAAAAAGGAAAGACGAAGACCAUGAGUGGGAGUUUGUCAGUUUUCAAAAAAAUAAGGAUGAUAUGGAUGUUUCAAUAUGUAAAGGAAAAUUUGAAUAUGUUUGUAAACUUUGCAAUAGAGGGUUUUUAUCAGAAUUAAGUUAUCAAGGUCAUAUAAAGAAUGAAGAAUGUCGAACUAAAAAAUUCAAAUUGCCAAGGAUGUUCUCAUGCCAUUUUAAGCGCUGUGAUUCAUCUUUCUUUAAGCUUACUGAGCUGCAGAAACACUGGCAAAUUGCGCAUAAAUUUGCAAUGGCUUCAGAGAACCAUGAGUUUGAAGAUGAAAAAGCAUUUUUUAACUGGGUUAGUUGUGAAGAAGCUAAACAUAAAGUGAGGUUCACUUGCGAUGUACGGCGUCGAAAACCUCAUCGUUCAGAACGUUUAAUGGUAUGCCACAGAUUUCAUUCCUUACGAACUGCAGCUGCAAGGAAAGCUGCAAAACGUGAAUAUUCAGAUAAACAUAACUGGGUUCACAAAAUUCAGCCAUGCCUUUGUUAUGCUAGAAUGAAAGUGUAUCAGGACUUCAAUAAAGACACUUGUGACUAUACGGGAAAAAUCAGGGUUGUUUACUACUAUGAACAUUCCCAUCCAGAAUCCAGAGUUACUGAAGAAGAGGAAAAUAUUUUAGAACACAUACUGCAGAGGAAUAAACGUAACAGAAAUGGAUCAUUUCAGGAACUGAAGGGUAGUGAAAAAGUACAACAUAGACAAAAGUUAGAAAAAUUUGCAAGGAUUGCAGGGAGAGAAUAUCGAGCAUCAGUUCGUAACUCCAAAACCUCAGUUGUGCGAAGAUCAAGAAAAGGUGUAGUUAAUGGUGGUAUUUUGAAUACCAGUUCAGUAUCUGGUGUUCACGUAAACGGUAAUAGUAUAUUGGAAAGUGAUGAAUUUUUUGAUUCCCCUGUGGAGAUGGUUCUAGAUGGACAGUUCGAUAUGAGUCAUGAAGUCCUAGCUGGUCCUGCUGCUGCUAAUUUAGACACACUCGCAAUUUUUGAUGGAAGUAAAGUGAAACAAGAUUGUGAUGAAACCAGUGAAAAUGAUGUUGCAGUGAGCCAGGAAGAUUCUGAAGAUUUAGAAUCGGAGGAUUCAACUAUAGUAUUACCUGCCAGUGCAGAUGACUGGGGAAAAUUGUUUCAUUUUGCCCGUUCUAGGGUCGAGAAAGAAGAUGAUAGUGCUCUAAAAGCAGAAGCAUCACUUGUUUUGCCUUAUGAAAAAGUAAUAGGACUUAUAUCACCAAGUGAACAAAUUCCUAUAUUUCAGCAGUUAUGGGAAUUAGCUUACCCAGCUUUAAAUUCUGAAGAAGUUAUCCAAGUAGUCAAGAUUAAUGUUGUUAGAUAAAUAUGGUUUGUAUUAUAGUGCUUUUUGUAGUCAAAAAUAGUUGAGAAUAUUUCAGUGUAAUAAAAUUAUGAAAUUGUUGAA